AUGAAGCCUGCCUGGGCUACGGCCGUGGAGCAGGCAUUGAAGAAAGAUGCUCCGGCAUUGGAGAGAUGGACGGAGAUCGAAACUAUCCUGCAGGAGAGCAGGAAGUGCUACAGGCAGGUGCUGCGGCCGGGUCAAGUCCUGGUGCACCCGUCGAAUCGCUCAGGGUUAGGAUUGAAUGGAGCCCAAGUUCACAAGACAGGGGCCCAAGUGCAAUCUGUAGGCUUCAGCUCCAUGGAGCUGAAGCGAAGUGUUUGCAUGGAAAUAUCCACGGAUAGAGCUCUGAGCCAAAAGGCCUUUAGUUUCAACAAGCGGCAAGUGGAUAUGAAUGGAGGGCUGCUAGCUGAGGUGCGAGGCGAUGAGCGAUACAUGUCGUUAGCAUGCAGUCACUUUACGGCAUUUUGCCGUGCCUGCAUUGCAGCAUGUCCCUCGGACCAAGAGACGGUGUCGGACAACGGCAAGCUCACGUUGCAGCGAUUGUCUACGGACUUUCGGCAGGCCGUGGAUAAUGGAUGGGAGUGGCUGGUGCUGUCAGCGGAAGUUGAUGCAGUACUGCCCUCGCUGGCCUCCUUCGUUCAGGAAGUCAUGAAUGCAGCCCAAGGAGUUGCAAGAACGGCAGGCGAGCUGGAGCUCGCCAUGGCGAUGGUGACCCGAGCAAAGUUGCUGGCAGAGCAAGGUUUGUGCAUCGACUGGGAUGUUGUGCAAGCUGAUGUAGCAGCCACGGUGCCGGAUGCCUCGCCACAGACCGUGGCCGCUUGCGGGUUGUUCUGCAGAUUCUAUGCAGGAGGAACCGAAGCACCUCUGCUGAAGUUUUUGCACGACUUUUCCUUGAAAUAUGGGGCAAGCAAAAGAUUGGGAGAGGAAUUCAUGUCCACGGUCGCCGGCCUCCGGUUUGCAGGGCAGGAGCGAUCGCAUGCUUUCGCAAGGGCUGCGAUGAUCGCGACGAACCUGACAGCCACAAAAGUGGUAGACGGUGUGGCUCGGCUGCUGAGCAAGAGCGAUGUCAGCAGGCUCUGUGCGAAAGGCAUGGAAGAUGCUGUAAAGGAUUGGGAGGAGCUUCUUGCUCGUGCCUGGGCUCACACUCAGAAUGUGACGGAUGCAAGUGCACGUGCCAAGGCAGUUGAGUGCUUCGGUCGCCUGAUGGUUCGCAGCACCCUCUUCAUGUGCAAGAAAGAGAAGUCGGGGCAAGAAGGCCUUGAGCACGGGUCAUUGGCCAAUUUGCUGACUUUGUACGAACACGAGAUGGGUGGCAAGAGUGCCGGUGCAACACCGGCUGCUGCUACAAAAGAUGGGCCGUCUGAUGCGGCCCCUGCGACCUUGGAGAACAUGCAGGACCCGGCCUUCCUGAUGAAGCUGCAAGGCUUCGCAGAGGGGAACCUGUACAAAGGCAAGCAGAAGUAUCAGGACAUCUGGCCUUGGAAGCUGGAGAAAAUCGGCCAGAGCCACGGCUCUUUCUCGCUGUCUUGCCCAGUGAGCUGGGACAAGAAGGUCGAGGUGCCUCUGAGCGAGCUCAAGAAAUUUUUCGAUCUGUAUAGCGGAGAUGCACCCGAAGUGGUGUCUGACUCUGUGGACCGACUGCCCCAUAAUACGGAGGCUUGCAGCCAAGAGAGACUCCGAGGAGAGUUCUUCGAGCUCUGCUGCGAGUAUUUCCUGAAGUACUCGCACUGUGAAGAGGAGUUGACCUUUUUGAAGAAUCCCACGUGCUGUCUGUUGGAGGGCAAAGCCAAGACAGGCAAGCUGACGAUCUUCCCCUUCACGGAUCAGAUUUCAAAGGUUGGCUUAAAGCCGGCAGCUGGCAGUGUGGAGGUUUGGCAUUCGGCCUCGGGCACAAGCUUGUAUAUUUCACCCCCGGCUGCAGCCGGAAGUUUGCUAUCUGCCUUCUGGCAGAUCCCGGUCGGCUCAGAGCCGAAUCUGGCGACAGUCCUUCUGAACGAGAAGGGCUGGAAGAUUCCCAUUUUGAAGAACACUGCUUCGCUGAAGGAGUGCAUCCUGUACAGGCCGAAGCCUGCCGAAAGUUUGAGGGCCUCGGCCCAAGAGCUGGAUCAAGGAUCCGCUGCCUCGCGAAAGCGAAAGGCUUCUUGA